UUAUACUUGCAAAAAGAAGGAUCGAAUGACUUUCUACGUAGACGAUACGGAUAAAAGUCAGAUUCUCGCAGAACGUGCUGCAGAGCGCGCGUGGUCUUUUACACCGUUACACCGUCGCGCCUUAUUACAUCAAAGAUUGCCUCCAGGACUUUUCGGAUCUUUAGUUAACGAUGUUUGUGUACUGUCUGCUUCUGUGUGUCAUAUCUCUGGUCCAUCCUUGCUGGAUGGCUGCGACAACGUCACCGAGCAAAGCAGGGUCUGUUACGGUGACCACCGAACCGUGGGGUACCAUAAAUGAUCAGGAGAUCAAGAAGUUCACGCUGAAGAAUAGCGCUGGUCAGGAGGUCGAUGUCAUAACGUAUGGCGCAACGGUGACCGCCAUCAGAACACCAGAUAAGGAGGGUCACGUAGCAGACGUCGUGCUUGGCUUCGACGAUAUAAAAGGCUAUCGGGCAGAAAAUAAUCCGUACUUCGGUGCUACCAUCGGCCGCGUCGCGAAUCGCAUCGGCAAAGCGACUUUCAUCAUCGAUGGCCAGCGUUACCACGUGUCGAAGAACAAGGGGCGGAACAGCCUCCACGGCGGUACUCGCGGUUGGAGUUGGAAGGUGUGGAACGCCACCGUUGAGGGUGACUGCGUGGUGAUGACCCUGGUCAGUCCGGAUGGCGACGAGGGCUACCCGGGAACGGUAACGACUACGGUGACUUUCCAGCUGAACGACAACGGAGAGUUGCGCAUAGAGAUGAGGGCUACGACUACGAAGGCGACGCCGAUCAACAUGACGAAUCACGGCUACUUCAAUCUUGCUGGGUUGUCAGCCACGAGAAUCGGUCACGACGACGCGGACACGUCCCUGUACGACAUACGCGACUUCAUGAACGCGGAGGAGCUGUACAAGCACGUGUUCAUCGUGAACGCGGAUCGCUGGACGGUGACGGACGCCGAGAGCAUUCCUACCGGCGAGCUCCGCUGCGUGGAGGACUCCGUGAUGGACCUGAGGAACGCGACGGUGCUCGGCGAGGUCAUCGACGAGGUACCGGGCGGUGGCUACGACUACAACUUCUGCCUGCCGGGACCGUACAAUCCCAAGAGGAUGAGCUUCGUUGCCAAAGUGGUGCAUCCGGCCUCGGGACGUCGCCUGGAUGUUUACUCGAAUCAGCCGGGCGUCCAGCUGUACACGUCGAAUUUCCUGCCUGAAAAAGACCAAGUGGGCAUCACCGGCAAGAAGGGAACGCAGUACUACAGGCACGCCGCUUUCUGCUUGGAGACGCAAAAUUAUCCCGACGCCAUCAACCACGAAAACUUCCCGAACAGCCUAAUACGACCGGGCGACGUGUACAAACAUGUUGUUAUUUACAAAUUUGGAGUGGAAGCCUGAUAUCGAUUGGGUUCUCAUCGCGAACUGGAAAGCGGAUGUUAAAUAAUAAAUUCUAUCCUGUUUUACUUAUGUAAUCAUGAUUAUUAAUAAGAAUUAAACAUCUAUAAUAUAUAC